UUUCGUCUUCCCUUUCCUUCUCAUUGCGGCCACCUCUUGUGGAGAACACGUCCAUUUAACAAUCAGCCUAUAAAGAGAGGUCAGCAUCUCUUAUUUUAGGAAUUGGGGUUUCCUAGUUGAAAAGAUUCAUUUUCACUCUGGCCACUGCAAAAAAAGCAAACUUUUCUUGCACCUCUAGGGGUGUGUGGGGUGACAACAAUGGGUUAAUUUUGCUUUGUGUUUUAAGAAGAUCAAGAUCGUCUCAAAUCUGGAGAUUGUGCCGUGUUUCAGAGGGUUUGUUGCUUGAUUAUGGCUAAGGUCGCUAUUGCUUGAGUUCCCAAAAGCUUUAUGGUAGUGGUUUUUUCUUUUUACAGUAGGAGUAGUUGGUUAGCUAUAGCCAAAUAAAUAGAGUGUGGAUGUGGUUCUUGUCAAUACUGGCACAAUGGUGAGGUUUCUGUGCUUCAACACUCAAACUCACCACCACAAACCAAAGAAAACAGUUCAAUCAUCUGUUGGAGCAAUGCACAAAACUUUAGAAGAUGCAUCUCAAGUUCAAGUCACAAAAGGUUUGCCUAAGGCUGUAGGCAUAUCAUUCUUGACAAAAAAACAAGGUGAUGCUCAAAUUCAACAUGGUGCAACUGCAGCACCUAUUACAAGUACUUCUUCCGAAGGAGUGAAGCGUGAAUGCAAUCUUGAUAUUGAUGUCAGGAUCCCCUUGAUAGGGCAUGUCAAGAAGAGUUUUUCUCUAGGAGAUGGACUUUGCCAGGAGGGAAGCACUCCUGGCAAAAAUGCAGCAGAAGAUGAAAGUGAUCAUGGAUUUUCUUCCCCGAAUAUGUUGGUGGCUCCAGAUGGCAGCAAUCAUCUGCUUAGUCAGCUUCAAAAUGAUUUGGACUUAGAAUCUGUUGAAGUAAGUUCUGAUAUUGUCCAUAAUGAAUCUAUUUUUUUGAUUGGAGAUCCUCAUCAUUCUGAUAAGGAAGGCUGUGAAAAUUCUGAUUGUCCACAAUCUGCUGAUUUUGCCGAUGACUCUGGUGACCAUUCACCUUAUGCAGAAUGUUUAAUUGUAAAGUCAUGUUCUAUGCCAAACAUCAUUCCUUCUAGCCCAACCUCUGCAGGAUGUUCUCCUUUUAAAUAUUCAGCUCUUAGUUCAAGAUCUUUUGAGGAUCUACAUGUCCUUGAAAUGCAUCGGAAAGAAAUUGAAGUUCAUGGUUUAGACAUGGAGGUUGUGCGAGAACAAGAAAAAGAUGGUAUAAUGCAUAGAACUGAGACACAUAACUUUGAUAACUAUGAUGCUUAUGAUUCUUACAGUUAUUCUGCUUUAGUGAAAGACUGGAUAGUGCCAGUUACAGAUCAGAUAAACUCAGAGAAGAACCAUCAAGGAGAAUUAGGAGCUGAGGGCUGGGAUGAAUCCACUAGCAAUGCUUUUAAGUUCAGGCGAAUUGAGGAAUGGAUUAAUGAUUUUCAACACUGCAGUCCAGUAGAAGAAACAGGUGUCCUUUUCCAUUCUAAUGAUAAUGUUAGCACAGAACCCUCUGUCAUGAAUGGUUUGACUGUUACAAAGGCAGAUGCAAAGAUAAAUCCUAGUAUGGAAGCUGCUAAAAAAUAUAUUUCUUCUUUGAGUGCCUUGGCCACAACAGCCCAACUGGCAAAUCAAGGCUUGCUCAUUAUACCAUUUCUCAGUGGAUUUGCAAGCUUGAGGGUGCUUAAUCUUUCUGGAAAUGCAAUAGUGAGUAUAACUGCUGGUGCUCUUCCUCGUGGCCUUCACACAUUGAAUCUGUCAAAGAACAAUAUCUCCACCAUUGAGGGGUUGCGCGGGCUAACACGACUUCGUGUACUGGAUCUGAGCUAUAACCGAAUAUUUAGAAUUGGUCAUGGUCUGGCUUCUUGUUCCUCACUUAAGGAAUUGUACUUGGCAAGGAACAAAAUUAGCGAGGUUGAGGGUCUUCAUCGUCUCUUAAAGUUGACUGUGCUAGACCUGCGUUUCAACAAAAUCUCUACAGCCAAAUGUCUUGGCCAACUCACAGCAAACUAUAACUCAUUGCAAGCCAUCAGCUUGGAAGGAAAUCCGGCCCAGAAGAAUGUUGGAGAUGAACAACUGAAGAAAUAUCUGCAAGGCCUUCUUCCACAUUUAUCAUACUUCAACUGCCAGCCUAUUAAAAGCAGCAGUUUGAAGGAUUCUGCUGAUCGUUCAGUCCGGCUGGGCAUUGGAGGUAGUUCUCGUCAGUUUGAUCGUGGGCUUAGAGCAGAACACAAGGUUUCAAGGAAGAGUGGCCAUGUAGUAGGGGCACGCAUACAAUCCUUUGCAUCAACUCAUAGCCGGAAGAAUCAAACUGUGGUUUCAGCAAAGCAAUCCAGAGGCAGGCAUGCGCGCUUGCCACCUCCAGUCAGAACUAGAGCAGCAGCCAAUCAGAGGCAUCAUCAUUAUUUUGAUUUUAGUAGCAACCUUCUGAACCUCAAGUCAGAGCUUUCAAUUCAAAGGACCCAAAGUGAGGGAACUCAUGGAGCUUUCUAAGACGAGGACUAUCUUUGCUUUAUGCAGUGUGGUUGGUAUACUAUUCACUCUCUAGUUAUGUGGCAUUUUAUCAGUGCAUUAUUCUGUCAUUUCAGUACACCUGAUCUGAACAGCAUAAUUUUCAAUUUCUCUCUUACCAUAGAUUUUAAAGGGAAGGUUGUUGAUUACCAUAGACUUUUUCCCCACUGAAGGUGUUGUUAUUCAAAGUAAACAUUGAACAUCAUAUUGUUCAACAUCAUUGUGAGAAUAAAUUGUACAUGGUUCCUCAGAAUGUUAUGAGAGAGUUUCCACGUUUAGAUGGUACAUACCCUUCAAAAGUGGUUGAUACGGUUUCCAGUGUAGAACUUCUUAAUGUGUUCUGCAGCUUAUAUUUUUUGCA